AGUAGUCAGUGUGGCGCCAUCGAGCGACCCUGUAAGGCGAGUGCAACCAAGCCUCCCGUUGUCGUACCCUAUCACUGCUGUUAGGACCGUAUCGGCUGGGAGAGUGAACACUGGUCUGUUGGUACAUCAUAGGGGGCCGAAACUCUGGUACCAUAACAGCAUAGUGUGUUAUCCUUUACUGGACAUAAAGCGAUCAUGUAGUACCACAAGGGCUCAAAAUAUAUCCCGUCUUUAUGAAUAUUUAAUGAACGUGGAAAUUUACAUGUGUUGAAGUGGAAGAAUUAAAGAUGAGAGAGAGGGGGGGGGGUGAAGUGUUAUCCUACACGGCUUUCUGAACAUGAUUGAUGCGGUCGGCCGCGGCGUUCCAGUGGAAAAUUCCUGGACGGGUCCAGCAGUGAUAUGAGGGGGUACCAGACACCACCGACCACAACUACCUGUAUGGGACACGAUGACCCCGGCGAGGUCCAUGUGGUGCGGCCCACCCUCACUGUGGCCCACCGCUGCUACAAAUACAAUUAUGUCGCCUCUCAAAAGCCAGGGUGGCGGGCUCAAGUGAGACAACGUGUGUGGGAAGGUUGGCGAUGCUCCCGUGGGUGUGUGUGGCGCUCGGUGGUGAAGCGGGUGCCCAUCCUCGGCUGGCUGCCCGCCUACAAUCUGCGUGCCAACCUCUUUGGUGACGUGGUCGGCGGCAUCACCGUCGGCAUUAUGCACAUCCCACAAGGUAUGGCCUACGCGCUUUUAGGUGGCCUCCCGCCCAUCACUGGUCUAUACAUGGCUUUCUUCCCCGUCUUGAUGUACAUCUGCCUCGGCACCUCCCGCCACGUAUCAAUGGGGACGUUCUCUGUAGCCUGUCUGAUGAUGGCGAAGGUGGUGGGGGAGCUGUCCUCGGAGAAGCCAACGUCUCUAACACUUUCCAACACCACGCUGGAGUUUCUUGAUCACACCGCUACUACCACGGCGGCUACCCUCACCAACACCACCUACACCCCCCAGCAAGUGAGCGCUGUGGUGGCCUUUGCUGUGGGUAUGUGGGAGGUGUUGCUGGCGGUGGUGCAGCUCGGGGAGGUGUUCAGUAUGUUUCUCUCAGACAUGCUCAUCUCGGGUUUCACUACGGGCGUCGCAGUACAUGUCGUCACCUCACAAGUCAAGUACCUCUUCGGCAUCUCCGUCCCUCGCUUCAACGGCCCCUUCAGGCUCAUCUACACGUACAAGGAAGUGGUGACUCGUCUGACAUCGGCCAAUCCUAUGGUCAUGGGUCUCUCUGCCUUAUUCAUGGUUAUUCUUAUCUUUAACAACGAGAUCCUUAAGCCACGAGUGAAGAAGUACACGAGGCUGCCAAUCCCCAUCGAGUUGUUGGUUGUGGUGACUGGGACGGCUGUGUCCUACCUCGCUAACCUCAGCAACACCUACCACGUGCAAGUCGUCGGAGAGAUUCCUACUGGGCUGCCAAGUCCCUCCGAGCCUCCACUAGAGCUGCUGUCUCGGGUGGCCAUGGACGCCUUCAUCAUUGGGGUCAUCAGCUACACCACUACCUUCUCCAUGGCCAAGAUCUUCGCCAAGCGUCAGGGCUACACUGUAGACGCCAAACAGGAACUUUACUCCCAGGGUGCGAGUAACCUGUUCGGGUCUUUCUUCUCGUGCGGGCCGAUGGCGGCUGCAAUGUCUCGGUCACUCAUCCAAGAGGCGGUGGGCGGUGUCACCCUCAUCACCUCCUUCAUCUCCUGCUUGUUCAUCCUCAUCGUCCUGCUGUUCAUCGGGCCAGUCUUCGAGACACUCCCCAAUUGCGUGUUGUCGACCAUCAUCGUGGUGUCACUCAAGGGGCUGUUCCUUCAGUUCCACGACCUGGCGGCGCUUUGGGCGACGUCCAAGCUAGACGCCCUCAUCUGGGUCGUCACCUUUUCCGUCUCCGUUAUCGUCGACAUUGACUAUGGGCUGAUGGCGGGUGUUGGCAUGUCUCUGUUGGUGCUCCUGGCCCGUAACCAGUGCCCGCCCACUGCACGUCUCGGCCACGUCCCCUAUACUGACGUGUAUCUUGACCUGACUAAAUAUCAGCUUGCGGAGGAGGUGGCUGGGGUACGCAUCUUCCAAUUCGGUGGAGCUCUUCACUUCGCUAAUAUAAAAUACUUCAGGUCCAAGCUGGUCUCCGUAACUGGACUAGACCUGGCAGCCCUCAUCACCGCCAGACUAGACCACCUACAAAACCACAACGAAUCCCCAGAACCUACCAUUUAUCCACGCUUGCCCAGUGUAGCAAGCAUCAGUGAGUGUCAAGUGAGCAACAGUAAGACUCAGGAGACGAUACUUGAUGACGAGAUUUCACCCAUCCAAGGCUCUGUCAGUAAUGGAUCUCUCGACAAGGAGAAACUCAAACAAGUGGUGGACCCAGGGACACUAACAACACCGCUGACACCUACUUCACACCCGGACACCGGCAUACACCCCAGUGCUGCCUGCCUUGCGCUCCCGGAGGUACAGUGGAUGGUACUGGAGAUGAGCGGAGUGACCUUCGUGGACACUAUGGGGGCCAGAGUCCUCACACAGCUGCACAAGGAUCUGAGAGAUGCUGGCAUCAAGCUCUGCCUUGCUGGUGCCACUGAUGGCGUGGAGAGGACCCUAAGCAGGUGCGGGACACUGGACGCCAUCACUAGAGACCUGAUGUUUCACUCUACACACGACGCCCUCACCGCCAUCACCCACUCACAGCUCAACCUGCCCUCCCACAGUCUACAGCCUCAUCCACCCCCCUCCCCUCUUCCUCUAUCUCAUACUGUCCACAAUGAUUAGAUAAAACUGCAGCGUGUUGAGGUGUAUCCGUGAUCAAGUGAUGUUCAGUGCAGUCAAGAUGAAGCCCCCUCGUUAUGUCUGUGAUAAUGCAGGUCACCCCGAGGUCAAGGGUCAAUAGCCGUGGAAAGUGUGGUCAGUAUUAGGAAGGCAAAAGGACCAAAGGAACCGUGACCUCAGUACAGAAUCUUGUGUCCCCAUGCAGUAAGGCCUCCGUUGUGACCACAGACCGGUUUAUGCCCACUUUGUCUACUUCCUUUGUCUAUUCUUAAAAUGGUACAUAUUCCCGAAGUGUCAGUUAAUGAUGAGCUAAUCUAACCUAAAGGGAAAUAGACGAAAAUGGGAGUAGACAGACUGGGUGGUGACCUACUAACCAGCCUAGUCCACUACUCUGCACUUUGGUCGGUUCUUUUAGUCUUAUUCACUACACAGUUACUUAGUAUUGGGUUUUAUAUCUAGGUGUUGGGUUUUAUAUCUUUGUAUUGGGUUUUAUAACCAGAAGUGUAAGUUAUAAGAGUGCAGAGGUCUUAUUGCAACUAUAUCUUGCGCUAGUCAGGCCGCACCUCGAUUAUGCGGUUCAGUUCUGGUGCCCCUAUUAUAGAAUGGAUAUAAAUUCACUAGAGUCGGUGCAGCGAAGAAUGACAAA